AUGUCCGGGUUAGUCAAGGACAACAGCUUCGAUGAAAAGAGUGCAAAGGUCAUAUUCUACCAAGCACAGGCCAUAAGAAAGGAACCGUGUCUUUAUUGUCCAGACAAGGACAAACACUCUGAUCCAGCAGAAGACAACUUUCCUAGACCUGCACAACCAGUGCAGCUUCCAGUCUUCCCAUGGGUCCAGCGUUCCUCUCUAAUCAACCCCAGAGACAUGGCUGCUGCCCAUGUCACAAAGAGCCACCGUAAACUCCUCCUUAAGAGCGGCCUGCUUGUCCAGCAGCUCAACGCUGACCCUCCUGGCCAGAUCAAGGAGAACCCAGAGCGACUGACUCAGGUGCAGCGGUCCCGUCAGAGGCUGAUGAGGGAAGUCUGUGCCAAAUACACAAGCGGAAGCACCAAACAAACCAUAACCCGCAUGCACGUGUCCCGUAUCUAUGUGGAGGACAAGCACAAACUCCUCUACUGUGAGGUGCCCAAGGCGGGCUGCUCUAACUGGAAGAGGGUGCUUAUGGUGCUUCAAGGUCUCGCUUCUUCCACUGGAGAGAUCCAGCAUGACGAGGUGCAUUAUGGGAAUCAUCUCAAGCGUCUGGACUCGUUCGGUCAAAAGGGCAUCAUUCGUCGUCUGAAGACCUACACCAAAGUCCUCUUCCUGAGGGAACCUUUCGAAAGGCUAGUGUCUGCUUUUCGGGACAAGUUCGAGAGUCCAAACUCGUACUACCACCCAGUGUUCGGGAAGCCCAUCAUCUCAAAAUACCGUAGCAAUGCAACACAGCACGCCUUGCGCACGGGAGCAGGCGUGACCUUCAAGGAAUUCAUCCAGUAUCUCUUAGAUGUGCAUCGGCCCGUUGGCAUGGACAUCCACUGGGAGCCCGUAGGACAUCUUUGCAGCCCAUGCCUGCUAGACUAUGAUUUCAUUGGGAAAUUUGAGACUCUGGAGGAAGAAGCCAAUUUCCUUUUGAGAAGUAUCGGCGCUCCUAGCAAUUUAACAUUCCCUAGUUUUAAAGACAGGAACCCUAAUGCAGAAAGGACAUCGUUGGGUAUCACAAGGAGAUAUUUUGCACAACUAAAUGUGACGGAGAGACAAAGAGCGUAUGACUUUUACUACAUGGACUAUUUGAUGUUCAACUACUCCAAACCAUUUAAAGAUUUAUACUGAGGCUUUUACUGGCCUGAUGUUCACAUUUUGUCCUAGUGAGGUUAUUUUGUUACUUUAAAAUGUUGUUGUUUAUUUGUUAACAAAUUUUGAUGUGAAAUAAUAAUCACACUCUAUAUUUAUCUCUGCAGGCUGGUCCUUGCGUUUAUCUUGUUAUUUAUGAAACAUAUUCAAUUCUAUUCAGUAAGAAACCCCUUAAUGGGAUAAUCUGCCCAAAAAUGAAAAAUUGGACAUAAUUUACUCACUCUUCAGGUUGUUCUAAAUCUGUGGGAAGUUAAUAGGCUCCAAAACAAUGGUGGUAAAAAUAAAAUACAUUUUUUAGAAUAUCUUCUUUUGUGUUCCACAAGUUUGUAAUGACACAAAGGUGAGUAAAUGAUCUCAGAAUUUUCAUUUUGGGUGAGCUGUCCCUUUGUUGUGUGUGUGUUAUUUGUUUUCUCAGACUGCCUAGAAUGAUUAGACUGUACUAAGAGUGUCUAAAAUUUUGCAUAAUGUUAUUUAUUAGUGUUGAAGGAGAGUGAUUUUAGCACAAGUCCAAGCUAUGAGUAUGACUUUACUCAAUAUAACAUCACAAAACAUUUUCAACAACAAGACUGUUGCUUGAUUCAGUGUGGUACAUCUGGUAAUGGUAAAAUCUGAUUUUUGUGAAUGUAUAAAAAACAAUUUGUCCACAGUAUGUCAUGUUUUAGAGCAUGACCUACUACACCCUUGCCUUACUUUCACAUUUCUCAUAUUAUGACGUUUUCUGUAUAUCAAUAAAUGUAAACACAGUAUUUUAAUGUUAGUUAGAUGUCAUCUCUGCGUUAUUACUGUAUCUGUUUUUCUUGUUGUACCAAAAUUCCAGUCAUUUCUAGGUCUUAGUCACUAGUAGACGUGUACAGGAAACUCAUCACAUCCUCAAAUCUUUCGCCCUUUGUUUGAAGGUUAGUUACAUAUUCUUUGUUUGUUGUCAGAUGUAUUUUUUAUUGCGGAAGCUACUUCCUGUUAAUGUGCAAGACUUUAGAUUCAUUUGCCGCUAGUGAUAAGUAACCAGAAGAAUAACAAAGUGAAGUAAACGGUAAAGCUAUUUAACCUGAUAAACCAGCGUGUUCAUGAUUAUAAUAAAUUAAAAAUAAGAUAACAAACAGUAGCUUGCAAAAUCAAACAGCAUAACAGACUGUUUUUUGACCACUAUAGAUAACACACGUACAUCUGCAAGAUGUCUGUUAAAGAUUACAUGAUCUGGACAACAUCUGCUGUGUACAAACAUCUGACAGACAUCUGUAAGAUGUCAGUUUUACAUACAUUCUAAGUCAUAAACAUCUUAAAGCCAUCUAAUAGACGUCUAUUGGACAUCUGAUAGGAAACAUAGGAUAGUAUUGCAGAUGAGCAAACAUUCUAAAAAACUGUCUUGCAGAUGUAAAUACAGACGUCAAAUAGUCUGUGAUGUAAGUGUGCUAUCAGGGCGAUGACGGAAGCCUAGCACAUUGAAGAUAAAAAUUAUCACACCUUCUCUUACCUUAAAAAUAAAGUAGCCUAUUACGACAAGGUACUGAGGAAUACUUACCUCUGAUUAGUCAGUGGCGCAUUUCGGCAGUCUGAAGUUUCCUAAUAGACCAAUUUGAAGCAGAAGUCACAGUUACAUCACUUGUAGCUGAGUGCAUAGUGGUUGCAGAAAAACACUGGUAACAGAGGUAAAUGGAGGUAAAUAAAAUCCAUGGAAUGAGAGAAUUUUUUUUUUUUUUGCCUUUUGAUGUCAAAAUCGGAAUGCAAAUAAUUUUUAUAGAAUGUUUUAUAGAAUGAAGGUAAACGCAGAUGUUUACACGGAUGGAUGAAAACUGCUAUGAUUACUCUACUUUUAAAGAAUACAUUUGAUUAAAACAAUCCUUGAUAGCACACGUACA